GUGAACUCCGAAGACCAGGUCUGUUAUAUGAAAAAGCAUGAGGCUGUGAAUCAGGUGGUUUGAUUUAGCUUUUUCUUUUUAAUAUUUCUUGAUUUAAACCCACACAUACUGUCUCUCUCUCUCCUUUCCUUUUUAUUUUCAUUUUUUAUAUGCCUCGAUUAUUUCCAUUCACCCGAUCUCUUUUAGCAGUACCGACCAGCCAUCAUGUAUUGGAACGUGCAUUUCUGCCAUCAAUAUCCAUCAUCACUAAAGCCCCUCGUCAUUUCUUCUCCACCAGCAAUCAACAACGGGUACAUCACUAUACAAAGACAAAGACUCAUGACCAAGAUAACUACUAUUACUAUGAACAGGUGACGGAAAGCACUGUGCUUGGCUCCUUUCCUCGACCUAAUCUCAAUCCUACUUUACAUUAUACCUUGUUCACCACUGCAUCUGUUGAACCUCCUUCCGCCAACGAUAAAAACAAGAAAAAGAAGGCUAAAAAGUGCGUCUAUUGCCUUGGUCCCCAUACAUCCGAAAACUGUCCUUGCUGAUCCUACCUAUUCCAUUUUUCCAAAGAAAACGAAGAUUCAAUGUGUUUUGUUUUUUUGUAUUGUUUUAUUCGAAAUAUUUAUGUCUAAUAUCUAUAACUAGUCAGUCAUUUCCAACC